AUGCUCUGUGUUCACUCCUCGCGCCUCUGUGCACCUGCUGCGCCACACGGUGCAGCGAUGCGUCUGCUGUGGAUAACGCUGUCCCUCGCCUUGUUGGCCCCAUGCCGCCCUCGCGCUCCGACCUCCCGCUGCGAGCCGGGCUGCGACUGCCGUGGCGAGCUGCGUGUCACCGUCUGCUCCGGCGCCAUGUUCACCCGGAUCCCUGCUCGCCUCCCUCCCACCACCGAACUCCUAGACCUGUCUCGGAACCUCAUCUCCCACAUCCCGGAAGACGCGCUCUCCCACAACCGCAAACUUCGCGUGCUCCUCCUGCAGCGCAACAACAUCAGCGCGGUGGAGGAUGCGGCCUUCGCACACAUGGAGUUUCUGCAGAAGUUGGAUCUGAGCUGGAACCGGAUCCGCUGGUUGAGCCAAGGCUUCUCCUUCGGGUUGACGCUUCUCAGAGAGUUGCAGCUGUCUCACAACUUCCUGACAAUAUUGGACAGUCGUAGUUUCGCGCACUUGGACGGGCUGCAGAAGCUCAACCUGACGGGAAACUUCAUCCACGUGAUCCGCGUCAGAGCCUUCGCGUCCAUGAGUUUGCUCCGGCAGCUUCACUUAGCCGGGAACCAGAUGACGCGGCUCCAGAGCGGGACCUUCUCCAUGCUACGGUCGCUGGAAGUUCUGAACCUGGAAAGGAACCAUCUGAGCGACAUGGACGUGGGGUUGUUCAAGCCGCUGACCAGUAUGACCCUGCUCAACCUGGCACGCAACCAAAUGUCUAAAGUCCACUUCAAGACGUUUGUAGGCAUCCAUACGUACAGCACCCACAUCCUGCUGGAGGGGAACCCCUGGCACUGCGACUGCGACCUCCAGAGAGUGUUCCGGAAGCUUCGCUCGGUCCAGCGUCUUUUCCUGGAUGACUACCACAACCUGAGCUGCCACGAUCCGCCCGUCCUGAAGGGCUACCAGCUCAUGCAUGUGGACACCGAGCUGUGCAUUGCCGAGACCGUCACCGUCCUCAUCAUCAGCAUCACCGUUCUCAUCACCGUGCUGGCCGCCAUGCUGAUGGGCGAGAGGAAGAGGAAGAAGAAGAAGAAGGCCAAGCACUGGACACAGCAGGGAGACAUGUCAGAGGAGUCCGACUAUUAA